ACUGUCAGUUCUCGUCUGUUCAUUUUACAGAUCCGUAGUUCCACUUUAUUAUACAAACAUUAAGGUUUCUAUACGGCUGUGGGAUAUUUUUCAGAGCUUAUAACCGUGUCGGCCGAUGUAUUUGUUUUAUCUAAUAUUGUCGUCUUCAGUUGUAGUUCAUUGCGACAGUAUAUUGACCGGUGAGCUCUAGAAGGAUCGAGAGGGUCAUCAGUAGCUGCGUAAGGUUUUUUUCUCUUCUCACACAGAAGCUAGGCUAUAAAGACUUUUUACUACAGUAAGUGUUCAUUAUUUGGACGCGGACAUGAGGUACCUGCCGUAUUUUUGCCGCGGAGAAGUGAUACGUGGAUUUGGGAGAGGAAGCAAAGAGCUUGGGAUCCCAACAGCAAACUUUCCAGAGUCAGUGGUGGACAGUCUGCCUGCUGAUAUCAUCACUGGCAUCUAUUACGGCUGGGCACGGGUAGACAGCGGGGACAUCCAUAAGAUGGUGAUGAGCAUAGGCUGGAACCCAUACUACAAAAACACGAAGAAAUCUAUGGAAACACAUUUAAUCCACACGUUUAAAGAUGAUUUCUAUGGCCAGAUGUUGAGUGUGGUUAUGGUUGGCUACAUUCGUCCGGAAAGAGGAUUCAACUCACUCGAUGAGCUGAAAGCAGCGAUUCACAGUGACAUUGAAGAGGCGAAGAGGAAGCUGGACCUGCCUGAGCAUAUAAAACUUAAAGAGGACAACUUCUUCACAGUGUCUAUAUCCAAAACAAGCAAUCAGAUCUUAAAUGGUCACUGAACAGAGAGAACCCAUCACUUUAUCGGUUGAUUUAGGGUAAAGCCACUGUGGCAUCUACGCAUUAAAAUGUUAUUUUUGUACACAGGGCAUUUUUUGCAAGGUUUACUGUUUAUGUUUGAGUUUGGUGCCUCUGACUGGUGCAGGCACUGACUGUCUCUGGUUCUCCCUGUACUUUUCCAAGGUUACUUCCUGAAGAAGCUGGAUUUCACAGUUUUUUUUUGUUUUGUUUUUUUCGUCAAAGACAGCAGUGAUGUUUCCUCUGCCAUUUUACAACACUAAAUUGAAUAAUUGUUUCCACAGCGAGGGAUGUCAAACAUUCUACUAAUGCAAGGGAUGGGAUUUUUCUAGUAGGGAGUAAAUCCUACCAAAACUGAAACUUUUUGAGAGUUAUGGCUGGGUCUAGAAACCCUGAGGUACUGGACUAGUGAUCAGAAACUUACUGGUUCAAUUCUUACUAUUAUUCAGUUGCCACCAUUGGGCCUCUUAGCAAGACUUUUAACCCUCAAUUGUGUGCAUGGCAUUUGAUCAUAACUGUAAGUCAUUCUGGAUAAAAUUGUCCGUAGAUGUGAAUGUUAGUAUCCAAACUACGAGUAUAUUUGACAGUGUAUGUUUUUUCUCUAUUUCGGUUUGAAAUCCAAAUAAAAAUACCAUUUCUGACUAUGUAAAACUUUUUAAAUAGUUAGUUUAGGUAAGUAAGGGUCAUUACAUCUUACUUCUUAUGUCUGUAUUUAUAUUACCAAGACUCCUGUUUUUUUUUUUCUUUUUUGGAUUCUUUAAAGUUAGAUCAAUCAUAGUAAAGUUAGAAUUUAAAAUCUAGAGUUAUACCUCAUCCUCUGGCUUUAUCCCAGUCUGGUUGAGUUUAUGUUUAUGCUCGUGUGCAUUUGUGUGGACAGAAAACAUUCUGAUACGAACUCUGCAUUUUCAAAUGUAUUUAUCUGUGUGAAUUUAUAGUCUGAGCAUGAAAGUCUGCUGAUCUGACUGAUUGGGCACAGUGGCUCAGCAGAUGUUGGGAUUUCCUCCCACAUUCAUGAGAAAUUGAUAUGAGGAAGAGAGUAAAUGGGUACGUUUGUGAUGCUCUGCUGCCUUGUCUGACCCUGACAGAAUAAAGUAGUUAUUGAGGACAAAUGAGAGUAAAAUAGCCAGGGUGCCUGAGAGAAAUGAAGUAACUGGAUGAAGUAAAACCUUGUUAAAACUAAGUAUGUCAAUUUGACUGAUUCUGCUGAUUGUAAUUUUUAAAUGAAGACUAUGUUUUAUCUUAAAGUGAUUGUGUUGCAUAUGUUCAAAUGAAUAUGUUGAGCUGUAUAUCUUGAUUAUAGAGUUAUUAAACAUAAGAUUUUAUAUAAGAA